AAUACAAAAUGCGUAGUGCUCUCCCGUCCAAAAUAUAUCUGAUGAACGAGUUAUGAAAACAGAAUGGUCUAUAAUUAUAUCUGAUGCAGUCAUGUUCCUCUACCUGAGAGGCACAGAUAUACAGUAUCUAAUAUUGUUAUAGGUACGGUAUAUUGUUUUAUUUAUUUUUUUAUUUAGGAUAAUAGGAUAAGGAGAAUCAUCAUUUACAUGAUAAAAAUGCCAUAAAAUGUUGCAGUUAAACAAUACUUAGAGUAAACAAGAUGAUACCAAAAUGUUGUGUUGGCUGAGUUAGUUAGUAUGUAGUUUGUUCGUCGGUGAAGUUGUACUGCUGUUUUAAAUUAGCUGCAGUGUAAAUUUUACAGGCUGUUGUCCCAUUUAUUGCUGCAUCUCUGGUUUUGUCAGAACAAGCCAGACAAUAGGAUCUGGUCUCUUCUACCUCUCUCUCUGAGUAAAAUCUGUGCUAAUACAUGAGGAAUACUUUCCAAACUUUCACCAUCUCCACCUCUAUUUCUUUCCUCCCCACUCUCCUUUGUCAGGUUGUUAUAUUUUCCUUUCACCUCUCAGCAGUCCUUCCCCUCUCUGGCAGCUGUGAGUGUUUUGUGCGACACCUAAACUGUAGCUGUGCAGAUGGGGGAAGUAAACAGUGUCUGGUAGCUGCUGAUAAAUGUUGCACCUCUGUUAUGGAGUCAUACUGACCUAAAUAAAAUGAUGAUUUCUAAAGUGAAAAAAGAGGUUGAAAUGCCUCCGAUGAGCAUCGAGAAGGCAAAGAUGAGAAUGCUGCCGAAGACUUUCAUAUUUUAAAUGAUUUGUAAGAUAAAUUUAUUGCCUUGCUGAUAGGAUUACUUGCAUUUUCUGGAACUGGGAAAUGCAAGGAAAUGCACACUUACACUUGAAGUGAGGUAUUUUUGCUGAAAGGCACAAAGGAAAUUUUCUACAAAUUUCCUUUGUACCUUUCCUCACCAACUAGCCAUCAGUCUGUCGCCACCUCUCCCCAACUCUUCCUCUGCAGGUUCGCUCUUUUCCUGAGAUAAACCUGCCAUCUCCCAGCUCAUUAAGUCCCUCUGCUACAAUUACAGCCUGCCAGAGAGAGAAAAUCAGAUAUAAUUAUUAGCAGACAUGCUUACAUCUGCAGGGGGAGCUCAGUCUGGAGGUCUGCAGAGAGUAGAAAGUCAUGGCUUUUCCUGUGACCUUAACGUUUUCCUACUUCUGCUGCUUAACCUACUCUGGUGUGGUGUUAACACCUGUUGACCAGAGUGUUCUUUCUAGAAGAAUAAGGUCAAAUGGCUUCCCUAGAAGAAUCCAGUACUCCUGAAUCCCCCCUAAAAAGAUUAAUCAACCAUGUCACCAAGUGAUAAAAUACAGUUACAACCAGAAAGCAAGUUUUGCAGUGUUGCUUAGCAACUCAAUUUAAUUUCAAGUGGUAAAAACAUACUCAUUCCAAGCCUAAAGUAUAAUCCAUACUCUAUAAUGUUGCAACUUUUUUUUAGGUUAAGGGAUUUGAUGACGAUGCACAGAGCAAGACAGCAAAAAGGUUAACCAGGCAGACGGACCUGCAAUGAAAUGUCCUGUAGGAACGAUGUAGAUGAGGCUGAUGAGGAAUUUAAGAGUGAAGCUGCAUCUAGAAAUGUCCCCCAAAAAACUCAUUGGACAGGUUUUUAGAUGUAGUCAUUGAUUUGUAAAAAGAAAAAGAAAAAAAGCUCAAAUCAUUUUAAAGUAUUUUUAGAUACAUUGACAAAAAAAUGUUUUUAAAAGUUGGACUUGUGCUUAUUUAGUGUGAUGACAGCUUGGUUACCUUACAAGAAGAAGAAAAAUCUCCAGCAGAAUUCAUUUCUGUGCGAUUUUUUUGUUGUUGUUGUUGUUUUGUCUUUUUUUUAAUCUCUUACAGAGAGUGAAUGUGGUGUUGGAAAAGAAAAAGAAGUGUCAUCUUUAAAAAAACAAAUCAUAGACAAAGUUCCCCUUUUUACUGAAACAUACAGUAUGUGCAUAUAUGCAUCAUUUUUUUGCUCUCCACAGCACUCCACCCCUGUCCCACCCUCCCUUGUCUUGUUGACUUUAUAAAUCAGCACCCACUGCAGUUGGCUGACUUUAAAAAGCACUACAUAUAGUGAAGAGGCUGGAAAACUGGGUGACAAACACAUUUGAUCACCCCAGAUUCUCUCAUUAAAUUCUUCAGAGGUUCAUCAUGCAUGUGUUUAGGAUCUGGCGUAUGCUGUGUGUGUUUGGCUUCAUGGUUACAUCCCUGUGUGUGAAUGAGAUUGAGUAUGAAUGGAGCUAUGACAACGCCAUCUUUCUGGAUCUGCACAAUGGGAAGUCCCCAGUCACACCAGGUCCAACUGCAGAUCUCUCUCGCUGGGAAAAGCUUUUCAUUGCUCUGGAGAACUCCCACAUGAUGCAGAACAUGCUGUUGGAGUCUGUGGAACAGUGCUGUGGAAGAACGGCUCAUCUUGAGACCCAGCUGGACAAGCUGGCCAGGGGGACAUGUCAGCAGUGUGCCUCCAGCAUGGAGUCAGCAUGCAGGGCAGAAGCACAGCAAGAGAGUCUCAGGCUGCAAAAGGUCUUAGUGGAGCUCAGGGAGGAGGAAGCAGAGAGGGAGACAAGGUUAAAUGCUACUUUGCAGAUGCUGCUGCGCGAUACCCACCUGGGGAAUUCCUGGCUAAAGCAGCAGGAGGAAGGUAGAACACUGCCUUUGGGAACAGCAGAUAUGAGGAUGAGACACCAUCCAACACAAAUGCUUGGUGGCUUAGGGGUAGCAUUCAGCUUGGGGAUGAAGCCGGUCCCAUCUGGCUUGAACGAGCAGAAAGUAACUUCACCGAUGGACAUGGCCACAAUGAAAACAACCCUGGUUGCUAUAGCAACAGACCUUGAGAAGGCUCAUCUGCAGCUGAGCAAAGUGAUAAAGCAGGUGGGGACACUGAGGAAGGACAGAGGAGACAUGAACUGACCAGAGGGAAGGAAUAACAAAAGGAUUAACUAGAAAUAAUGCAAUAAUGAUUUUGCACAUACUCAGUUUUACUGUUAAUUGUAAAGGGCUUCUCUCUCUGUUUUUUAUGUGAGAUUUUUUAUGUGUGCUGACAGCAAAUUCAAAUGUACCAUAAAUGUUGCGGGCUUAUAUAAUGAAUAAACAACUUAAUCAGACUGAAAAGGUCUCAUCUUUUCUCCCACACAACUCAUUUUCAGGAGCAUAUACAGCCACGUACAUGCAGACACUUUAUUCAUUUCUUCAUUGUAAAGGUAUUUAUAAUUUUGUUU